AUGGGCAAUACAUGCCGUGGAUCUUUUGGAGGAAAACAUUUUCAGGGAUACGCUACCCCAACACCUGAAGAACAUUCCGUUUCCAGGCGUGACCCAUCCUCCACCUCUUCUGCCACUGCCGGCCGCCACUCUCACCAUUCUAGUUCCGACAAUUUUUCCCCCACCAGUUUCACCUCUCAGCAACACGUUGCUCAAGAAUUUUCCCAAGACACAAACAAUCAUCCCAAAAAAGACCAUAAAAGUAACACCAAUAACAACCAUAACGUCACCCUUUUAAGCCCUAAGAAGGAAACCAUCAUGAGCCGCUCCAGUGGCAAUCAAGCUUAUUAUGUACUUGGUCACAAGACUGCUAAUAUCCGCGACCUCUACACAUUAGGACGCAAGUUAGGACAAGGCCAGUUCGGUACCACUUACCUAUGUACUGAUAACUCCACCGGAGUUGAAUACGCUUGUAAAUCUAUUGCCAAGCGGAAGUUGAUUUCCAAAGAAGAUGUGGAGGAUGUUAGAAGGGAAAUUCAGAUAAUGCACCAUUUGGCUGGUCAGAAGAAUAUUGUCACUAUAAAAGGAGCUUAUGAAGACCCUUUAUAUGUUCACAUUGUCAUGGAACUUUGUGCCGGAGGUGAAUUGUUUGACCGUAUCAUUCAAAGAGGACACUAUAGUGAGAGGAAAGCUGCACAAUUAACGAAAAUCAUAGUAGGAGUUGUUGAAGCAUGCCAUUCCCUUGGAGUUAUGCAUAGAGAUCUUAAACCCGAGAAUUUCUUGUUGGUCAACAAGGAUGAUGAUUUCUCCCUUAAGGCCAUCGACUUCGGAUUGUCGGUUUUCUUCAAACCUGGCCAGGUAUUCACUGAUGUGGUUGGAAGCCCGUAUUAUGUUGCUCCUGAGGUGCUCCUAAAGCACUAUGGUCCAGAAGCAGAUGUAUGGACAGCAGGGGUUAUUCUUUACAUUUUGCUUAGUGGUGUGCCACCCUUUUGGGCAGAAACACAACAGGGGAUAUUUGAUGCAGUUUUGAAGGGGCACAUAGAUUUUGAUUCAGACCCUUGGCCUUUAAUAUCUGACAGUGCGAAAGAUCUUAUACGCCGGACGUUGUGCAUGAGGCCUUCUGACCGUUUGACUGCUCAUGAAGUAUUAUGUCAUCCAUGGAUAUGUGAAAAUGGUGUUGCACCUGAUAGGGCUCUUGAUCCUGCUGUACUGUCCCGUCUCAAAAAUUUUUCCGCCAUGAAUAAGUUAAAGAAAAUGGCUUUGCGGGUAAUAGCUGAAAGUUUGUCUGAAGAAGAGAUUGCUGGCUUGAGAGAAAUGUUUCAGGCCAUGGAUACCGAUAACAGUGGUGCGAUCACAUUUGAUGAACUCAAAGCUGGAUUGAGAAAGUAUGGGUCCACUUUGAAGGAUGUAGAGAUACGUGACCUCAUGGAUGCGGCUGAUGUCGACAACAGUGGGACAAUUGACUACGGGGAAUUCAUUGCAGCAACAAUCCACCUCAACAAGUUAGAAAGGGAGGAGCAUCUGAUGGCUGCCUUUCAGUACUUUGAUAAGGAUGGAAGUGGUUAUAUCACAGUUGAUGAACUGCAGCAAGCCUGUGCUGAACAUAAUAUGACAGAUGUUUACCUCGAAGAUAUUAUCAGAGAAGUUGACCAAGACAAUGAUGGAAGGAUUGAUUAUGGGGAAUUUGUUGCCAUGAUGCAAAAAGGGAAUGCUGGCAUUGGAAGGAGAACAAUGCGAAACAGUCUCAAUAUCAGCAUGAGAGAUGCUCCGGGAGCUCUUCCAGGAGCUCUUUAG